GGAGGUCCUACAGGCCAGACCGGAAGCGGAAAUGGUCCUCAAAGGCUUUUCGCCGCUGGUGUCUGGAGUGUUUUCGCAUUUUAACUCCGAGAGGUCUCCGAGGUUUUUUUGGUGUCUCUGGGGAGCCCCUGGAUUAGAUCUUUCUCCAGACUCCAGCUUGCCUCUCUCCAGCAGCUCUGCUUGAGUUUACAGAUGUCUACAAAGCUUUAGGCUCCUGAGAGAAUAAAGUUUGAGACCUACCAUGACCAUGUCAGCUAAUCGGACCUCUCCCCAGAAAUCCCUGGUCCUGGAUCCAGAGGAACGUGACAAUUCAUAUGAGGGAUCGGUGUCCUUCAGGGAUGUGGCUGUAGAUUUCAGCAGAGAGGAGUGGCAGCAUCUAGACCUUGCACAGAGAAGCCUGUACCGGGAUGUGAUGCUGGAGACCUACAGUCACCUGCUCUCUGUAGGGUUUGAAGUUCCCCAACCAGAAGUUUUCAUGUUGGAGCAAGGAAAGGAGCCAUGGGCAUUGCAGGGUGAGAGCCCACAUCAGAACUGUCCAGAAGAAUUGUGGCAGAUUGGUGACCAGAGAGAGAGCUAUCAGCAAAGAGAAAACAAAACUUUAAGAGAUGUUGCUUUCAUCAAGAAAAUUUUUACUACAAAGGAUUAUGAAUAUAAGGACAUUAGAAAAAUAAUUCAUGUGAGCCAAAACAUUCUUCCACCAAAAAGACCCUAUCAAUGUGACUCAUUUGGAAAUGCUUUGAAGCAUAAUUUAGAUUUACACAGUCAUUAUAGAAACAGUGCAUCAAAGAACAUUAAUAAGAUUACUGAAUAUAGUAAAAUUUCUUCCUAUACUGACUCUGAGUGUUCUCCAACAGGAGAGAAGUUAUGGGACUAUAAUCAAUAUGGAAAAAUCCUCAGCUAUAAACAAGCACCCUCUCAACAUCAGAAAAUUCAUACUGGGGAAAAAUCUUAUGAAUGUGCUGAAUUUGGAAAGAUCUUCACCCAGAAGUCACAGCUCAGGGUACAUCUGAAAGUUCAUACAGGAGAAAAACUCUAUGUAUGCAUCGACUGUGGGAAGGCUUUUGUAAAGAAGCCAGAAUUCAUUACACAUCAGAGAAGCCAUACUAGAGAGAAACCCUAUAAGUGCAGUGAAUGUGGAAAAGCUUUUUUCCAAGUAUCUUCUCUCUUAAGGCACCAGAGAAUUCAUACUGGAGAGAAACUUUAUGAAUGCAGUGAAUGUGGAAAAGGAUUCUCUUAUAACUCUGAUCUCAGUAUACAUCAAAAAAUUCAUACUGGAGAGAGACACCAUGAAUGCAAUGAUUGUGGCAAAGCAUUUACACAAAAGUCCACACUCAAGAUGCAUCAGAAGAUUCAUACAGGUGAGCGAUCCUAUAUAUGUAUUGAAUGUGGACAGGCCUUCAUCCAGAAGACACACUUGAUUGCACACCGAAGAAUUCAUACUGGAGAAAAACCAUAUGAAUGCAAUAACUGUGGGAAGUCCUUCAUUUCUAAGUCACAGCUCCAGGUACAUCAACGAAUUCACACAAGAAUGAAACCCUUUAUAUAUACUGAAUAUGGGAAGAUGUUCAACAAUAGUUCCAACCUCAUUACACACAAGAAAGUUCAAAUUAGAGAGAAGUCUUCCAUAUGUACUGAAUGUGGUAAGGCCUUUACGUACAGGUCAGAACUAAUUAUACACCAGAGAAUUCACACUGGGGAAAAACCUUAUGAAUGCAGAGAUUGUGGAAAAGCCUUUACUCAGAAGUCAGCACUCACAGUGCAUCAGAGAAUUCAUACAGGGGAAAAAUCAUAUGUAUGCAUGAAAUGUGGACUAGCCUUCAUCCAGAAGGCUCACUUGAUUGCACAUCAAAUAAUUCACACAGGAGAGAAACCUUAUAAAUGUGGCCACUGUGCGAAAUCCUUUACUUCCAAGUCACAACUCCAUGUACAUAAACGAAUUCACACAGGAGAGAAACCUUAUAUGUGCACUAAAUGUGGGAAGGCAUUCACCAACAGGUCAAAUCUUAUUACACAUCAGAAAACUCAUACAGGAGAGAAAUCCUAUAUAUGUUCUAAAUGUGGAAAGGCCUUCACGCAAAGGUCAGACUUGAUUACACAUCAGAGAAUUCAUACUGGAGAGAAACCUUAUGAAUGUGGUACCUGUGGAAAAGCCUUUAUGCAAAAGUCACACCUCAAUAUACACCAGAAAAUUCAUACUGGAGAAAGACAGUAUGAAUGCCAUGAAUGUGGGAAAGCCUUUAACCAGAAGUCAAUACUCAUUGUGCAUCAGAAAAUUCAUACAGGAGAGAAACCUUAUGUAUGCAGUGAGUGUGGAAGAGCUUUUAUCCGGAAAUCAAACUUCAUUACCCAUCAGAGAAUUCAUACUGGAGAGAAACCUUAUGAAUGCAGUGAUUGUGGGAAAUCCUUCACCUCCAAAUCUCAGCUCCUGGUGCAUCAACCAAUUCAUACAGGAGAAAAACCAUAUGUGUGUGCUGUUUGUGGGAAGGCCUUUAGUGGCAGGUCAAAUCUCAGUAAACACCAGAAAACUCAUACUGGAGAAAAGCCGUACAUCUGUUCUGAAUGUGGGAAGACCUUCAGACAGAAGUCAGAGUUGAUUAUACAUCAUAGAAUUCACACUGGAGAGAAACCUUAUGAAUGCAAUGACUGUGGCAAAUCUUUCACUAAGAAAUCACAACUCCAAGUGCAUCAGCGAAUUCACACAGGAGAAAAGCCUUAUGUAUGUGCUGAGUGUGGGAAGGCUUUCACAGAUAGGUCGAAUUUAAAUAAACACCAGACAACACACACUGGAGACAAACCCUAUAAGUGUGUAGUCUGUGGGAAAGGCUUCGUCCAGAAAUCUGUGCUCAGUGUCCAUCAGAGUAUUCACACUUGAGAGGAACAGUAUGAGAAAACCUCAGUGAAAUCGGAUCUGAUUGUACAUCAUUGAAUUUGUUCAGCAGAAAAUAUGCAUAUUAUCAUAAGUAGAAAUACCCCAUCAAAAUGUCAUGCAUUACUCUAUAGAAGAGGGCCCUGAAUGAAGGGGGCCCUUCCCACAUUGUUAACACCUUCAUUAAGUCUUGAGGCAGUCAUACUGGAAGAAAAGUAAUUUUGUCAAUUUGACAGAUUAGAAGAAGGCUUUUCAUGAAAAAUAUGAUGGAACGGGCACCUGGGUGGUUCAGUCGGUUGAGGGCCCAGUUCUUGAUCUCAGCUCAGUUCUUGAUCUCAUGGUUGUGAGUUUGAGCCCUGUGUUGGGCUCCAGGCUCCGUGCUGGGUAUGGAGCCUACAUAAAUAUAUAUAUAUGUGUUGGAACAUUGUUACCAAAUUCUGCACAAGAAAGUUUAUGUUAUGUCGUGUUAAUGAUAAUUCUGUUUACUGUGGAAUAGGUAAAGUGCCAAAAAGUUGAAUGGUAGAACAACAUAAUAUAUACAAUAGUGACAGACCCUAAGUUCUGUGAGAUGUUUGCUGCAGAACACAUUGUCUAACAGUGUCAGGUGUUUUUUUUUUUUCAUUCUUCUGUUGAAUCUAACAUGGUUGUGUGUAUCCAGCCCCCACUGAGUAUUUCCAUCAAGAAAGAGAUAACUCAGUAAAAAAGUUCUUUAUGUAUACAGACAGAUCUCAAAGUGUAUGUUGACCCAUUAUCCUCUAGCAUCAUGACUUGUAACCCCCCUUUAUCAUCUACCAGUAAAGUGUCUUUGACCCUCAUGAGUCCCUAGCACAUUGUCUUCUGACACCCAUAAGUGCAUUAGUGCUAAACACUGUGUCUGCUGAGGAUGCUGUGUUUGCCAGUAUCUCAUUUAGCUCCCAGCAUAACAUUUUGUGAACCUCCCUUACCCUCAGGAAAGUUUCUGAAGUAAGAAUUUUCAUGUCAUUUUGGUCAACUUUUCAUCCAGUCUCCCUUUUACUGUCAUAGUUCUUCCAGCUCAUUUGCCUUCCUUAAUGACCUGACAUUUAUAAUAAUAACAAAUCAGUAACUCAUAUUAAAAAAAACCAACAUUUGUUCAGUCUUUUCUGUGUCCAUCUUCAUGCCAUGGGCUCCACAAGCACCUUCUCCCCGUGUGCCUCAAACAUAUCAGUUCAGGUCCUGCCUCAGGGCCUUUGCACUCUCUUUGAAGAAAAAGGUUCCUCAUAUCUGUGUUGUUAGCUCCUUCAUGUCUUCCAAUGGCACCUUUUCACAGAGGCCCCUGUGCUUUCCUGCCUGGUAUAAAAUUUUGGCCCCCUUCCCUCUAUCCUUUAUCCUUCUCCAUAGAACUUAUUGCCAUGAUACCUUGUAUAUUUUGUCUCUGGCUCCCAAACUAGAAUGUUUUUCCCUGUUUUGUUCACCACUGUGAGCCUUGACCUGUGCCUGACAACAAGCAUUGCAUAAAUGCACAUCGUGGAGUGUUGACCCUGUUCAUCACAACUUCCCUUUGAUCUUUUCUAUAUUGCAGCAUAAGAUGCUGCAAUGGGGAGAACCAACUUGCCUAAAACACCAUCUCUAGUUUUUACCUGGGCUGUGCCUCCUUCCUGGCCCUAAAGCUGAAACAUCACCAUAAACCUUUUGGCCUGAUGCCAGCCACUUUAAAGAAGGGAAAACUGAUACAGUGGAAAUCCCACAUAGAUGCUUGGUGUUCCAGGAUUUCUUACCAUGAUUCAGAAAUACCACAGUGAGCUCUGAAAUCAUUGUAGAAGAGCCUGCGCACUUUGCCCUAGUGUGCAUAACCUUACCCCACCCCAGACCCUUACCUAUGGACCCACUCCUCAUGCUCUGACAGGCCCAGAGCUAAUGGUAUGAAGGGGCUGAGAGCAAACAGGGCAUAGGUGUUCAACCCAAAACUGGCAGCAGUGGCCUCUCAAAUGCAGGCAGAGUGUCUGACUGAACACUUAGCUGCUGGGCAGCCAAAUUGGAACCAGCAGAAUGGUUCUUCCAGGUCAGUCCACUGGUAACAACUGGGAGUGGGAAGUAGUGGGGUUGUACAGAGAUGCUCUCGCCUUUGUGAACAAAAGCAUAGUGGUUGAGGAUUGGGACAGAACCUGGUCAAGGGGGCAAGCCUGGGAAUUCCCCCUUUAACCCUCUCACUUAAAUUUCAUAGUGCUUUGUGACACAUCCUAUUACUCCACUUUAGAUCAGUGUCUGAUUCAUCUUUAGGUCCCUUUCACAGUAUCUGAUGAUUCCCCCAUACACCUUUCUCUGUCUAUGAACAGUGUAUGGCGGGCAACCUGUUAACCCCUUUAUCUCAUCCAAUACUGUAUCUGGGGCUUCUCUAAAUGUCUUGCAACCCACAAUUCUGCCCCAACUUAGGACAAUGUUUGCUGACCCCUCAAGAGAGUGUCUGGAGACCCCGUUAUCCUACCCUAGCACAGUAUCUGGACACCCAUUAUCCCUCUUUUACUCCACUACUAUGUUUAUCACCCCUCCUUAAUUCCAGGAAAUAGUGUCUGGAGAUUUUCUCAUUGCCUCCUCUACAGUUACCUCCAGCAUAAUGCCUGUUACUUCACUUGUGACAAAGUCUAGCAGCCUCCAUACUUCACAUUUAUUCCUACUUUCAUGUAAGUUAGUGACGGAUGACCACUUACUAUAGUCCUUAGAAUAGGGAGCUGUGUUGAUACACCACUCCCCAUCCAACUACUAAUAAUAUCUUCUGAUACUUUCUCUAUACUUCUAGUAGGAUGGUUUAUGAUCUCCCUCCAUUACUUGUCCAUCACAACAGUGGUGACUAAUUACCUCCCAUUUCCCCACCUAGCAGAGUCUGUAAUGAUCCCCAACUCAGCAUGUGGUGAUGCCCUCAGUAACUUCUCUGAACACUGGUAAGUGCCAUUAACCUGCUUCCCUCCCCACAGGUAAGGGCAGUGACUGAUAAUGCACCAUAAACUCCACAUUGACCUGCGUUUUGGAGCCUCCACUCCCCCCACUUUCUGUAGGACCUGCAUUAGUAACCAGCAAAAAGUCUGUUGAUGCCCAUUACCCAGUAACACAGUAUCUGUGACCCGUCUGUUAAAUCCUGGUAGUAUUUGCUUUUCCCCUAUUGGUCCCCACUAACAUAAUGCUGAUUCCCCAUUGCCUCCAUUGCUUCAUGAGGCCCCUGAGUGGCUACUGCAAGUUCUCCAGCAUUGCUUCUCCACAUCCCCACUGUUUGCAUGGACAGGAGACCUGGAAGAGGGAGAAGGGUUGAGGAUGAGGUUGUAGCUUCAUAGAUCCCUCUGGGGGAGUUAGUGGCCCAGAGUGGGCUAGAGAGGAUCUGAGGGCAUCAGGAGACCACAAGCUGAGCUUCACAUGAUGCAACCAGAAUAGAGAAGGCUAUGGAUGUGGAUCCAAAUCCUGGUGUCAACACUGAUCUGCUGAGGGAUUCCGGGCCAACCCAGCAAACUCCCUCUGGACCUCCAUUGCUUCACCUAUAAAAUGUACUUAUGGAGAAUGAAGUGACUUAAUAUAAGUCAGGGUUUAUUAAGGGAACAGGGCUAGUGGAGGCCAAUGAGGGUAUCCUGUUACUGUUAAUAACAUUACUAGUUAUAAAUUAACAGAAGCAUCUGACCAACAUCUGCAUGGCUGGGCCCAAACCUCACAGAGGGAAACAUGUUAUUUUAUCGUGAGUUACUUUUAAUUAUUUCUCUUUUACAUGUAUUUAUGAUACUGUAGUACUGAGAUAUUUUUAAAGUCAGGUAUAUUGAGGUAUUUAUAUAAGAUAAUAUUCACCCUUUUUAGUAUGCAAUUCUGAGUUUUGACAAAUGCAUACAAUUAUGUAAUCAACACCAUAAUCAAGACAGAGAACGUUUCCUUCACUCCCCAAAAUUCCUAUCCGUUUUUAGGCAGUUUCCCUAUUUCCACCCUUUUGCAGUCACUAAUUUGAUCUGUUUCUUGUCUUUAUAUUUUUGCCUUUUUCCACAAUGUUAUAGAAAUAUAUGUGUAUCCAUAUGUAUGUAUGUACAUAUGUAUGUAUCUACUUUUGAGUCUGACAUCUCUCAUUUUAUGAUGUAUUUGAGAUUCAUCCACAUGGCUGGAUGGAAAAUAAGCUGAUGAAAAGAUGCUCAACAUCAUUAGUCAGGAAAAUGCAAAUUAACACCAUGCUGAGAUACCACUACACUUAUUAGAAUGGCUUUAAGAAUUUUUUAAACCUAGUACCAAAAGUUGUCAAGGAUGCAAAGCAAUGGAAAUGUUCAUGCAUUGCUGUUGGAAAGGUAAAGUGGUUUAUCCACCCUGAACCAAAAUUUGGCAAGUUCUUAUAAUUAACCAUAUACUAACCCUAUGAUGCAGCAAUCCCACUCCUCGGUAUUUAACUUAUAGAAGUGAAAAAUUAUAUGUGGAUUCGAAUGUUCACAGAAACUAUAUUCAGUUGCCAAAAAAACUGGAAACAACUCAAAUGUGAGUUGUGGGUGAAUAAUUCAACAAAUUGUAGGAUAUCUACACAAGGGGAUACUACUCACCCAUAAAAAGGAACGAUUUAUUGACACCAGCUACAACGUGGAUGAAUCUCAAAAGUAUUGUUUUACCAUGUGAUAAUUUAAAUUAUAUUUGAUAAAAGAUUAGAUAUUAGAUUAUAAGUAUAAAUAGGUUUGUAUAAUUUUAUAUGUGCAUAUCAUUACAUACUAUUAUAAUAUUGUAUGUUUACAAUAUAUAGCACAUUAUAUUUAUUGUAUAUUCCUUAAAAUAAAAUGUUUAUUUUAUGAUAUAUAAUAUGUAUUGUACAAUUAUUGAAUUAUGUAAUUUUUAUAAUAUAUCAAACUUCCACAUAACACUUCAGUUAUUUAUAUUUUGACAUGUUUACAUUUAAUGUUUAUAGUAUAAAGUUAUAACUAUAAUAAAAGGGAGCAUAUGGUCUGGAGAGCCUGCAGUUGUAGCUGGUCAACAUUUUUAUUAUAUGUCAACAGCUCAACACUGGCUGUUCUUAACAUCAAGGAAGCUUGCUCCACUUUGCCCAGCUGUGUUCUCUGAGAGUAUUCUGAUUUCCCAAUGCCCAUGCAGCUUGCUGUCUUUUCCAUUCUUUGGAGAAUCCUCUGCUACCGUCCCUCAACCAUUGUAUGUGAAGUAACACUUCUUAUGAUCAUUUUGUGUUUUGUACUAUAUUUGUGUUGCAAGUACCACCAUCUGACCUGAUGUUAAAUGUUUGUUUUUGGUUUAUCAUUCACCCCUCCCCACUGAACUGUCAACCUCGUGAUGCCCAGACUUUGUAUUGUUCCUACUGUGUCCGAGGCACACAGCACUAGCACAAAAUAGACACUCUGUAUAAGUUUUUUUUUUAAGAUUUAUACAUUCAUUUGCAAGAGAGAGAGAACUUGCUUGAGUCAGGGGAGGGGCAAAGGGUGAGACUCUUCAAGCAGACUCCCUGCUGAGCAUGGAGCCUGAGGUGGGGCAAUCCCAUGAUCCACCAUAUCCUGAGCUGAAACCAAGAGUCAGAUGCUCGACUGACUAAGCCACCCAGGCGCCCCUCUGUGUAAGUUUGUUAAAUGGAAGAAUGAAUGAUAGUAAUAGCAUCAAGGUUGACCAAGUGCCCCAUACCGAAUGAGCUAAAUGCAUGGGGGGUGGGGUUGAGGGAGGGAGGGUAGGUUGGUUACAUGUCCUCUGAUUCAAGAUUUAAUGCCCCUUCCCACACCUCAGCACAUCUAAGCCCUAACCCUUCCUCACCCAACCUCAACCACCCCAUCCUUCCCCCUCCCCAGUGUAUCUGACCUGCAUCUUCCCCAGCGUCCACAAGGUCAAUGCUAUGUCUCCUUACUCAGACUCCUGGUUGCAAUAGGCAGGACAUGUAGAGUGAAGAGGGACAAUAGCAGGGAACCAACAGGCAGGGGCCAUCCUGUUAGCAUCCACUCCAACAGUUCUUUAUCCCAUCAUCCCAUGUGGUCUGCCCUGCCUCCUCCAGGACCAGAAGAACCACCAGAGGAUAUAAAACCAUGGGGACAAGAGGAAGGUGGCAGGGCUGAGGCUUCCCAGCCUCAGGCACCUUGCUGGACGAUAAAUAUGACACAACUUGGCAGGUGUUGACCCUGUGGCAAGGUCAGGUUAAAGCCAUGAUUGUCAUGGGCACUUGCCCUAAUAGCAGAAUAGGCUGAGCCCUCCACUCUCAGCCAUCAAUUGGGGGUACUAGUGCUGGUAUGACUAUUAUCUAUAUUAUACCCUACCACACCCCACCCCACUUCCCAUGCCAUACAUCAUACGAUACCAUACACAAUACCAUACCAAUUAUUAACCAUUUUACUUAAUUCCACAAUUACAUUGAUUCUGUUAUUGAAGUAUAAUUAAUUUAUAUCAAAAUUUCUCUCAUUAUUUAUACUUUGCCUGUAAUUAUUAAGAUAUUGUGAAUAACACAAACUCUGAUGCUAAGAAAUCCUGUAUUCCCUUUUGCUUUCUGCCACCUUCAGGUCAGUGGUGUUUGGACUAUAUUAACACAAUGAUAGUGCCACCUCUAGAGGUGAAGUUUUUUCCCCCUCUGUGAAACGAGCUCAAUUAGAUUACUCCUUUAGUGAUAUUAUGAUUGUACUUUUUAAAUAUUUAUUAUAAUAAUUUAUUAUAUUAAAUAAUUUAUUAAAACAAAAACUGGUGUUCUGUUUCCAUCUGUGAAACAGGACAAUGUAAGCAUUACUUUAUUACAAUCAUUUGAAUUACAUUAAGGUUAUGACUAUAUUUGGGGUGCCUGGCUGGCUCAGUUGGUAGAGUAUGCAACUCUUGAUCUCAGGGUCAUGAGUUCCAGGUCCAUGUUGGGUGGAGAGAUUACUUAAAAAGAUACGACCAUAAUUAAUGUCAAUUCUGAGAACCCGUGGUGUGUUCCAUUACAUUCCGGAAAAUGGCACGUUUAUAAUACAUUGCUGACUACAGUAUUUAUUGCCAUGUAACAAGCUACCAAAAACAUAAUGACUUAAGGGCACCUGGGUGGCUCAGUCAGUUAAGCAUCUGC